UCUUUUGAAUAUUACAAACCUUCAAGUGAACAUGUUGAAAAUGAUGUAUUACUUCCUGAACAAAUGGCUGAUGAACUUUUUAAUAAAGUUUCAGUAGUCAGAUCUAAUAAAUAUUUUGAAAAUAAAUUGGAUGGAAUUAAUUUUAAAUCAAGUAUUGUACUAGAUGAUUUUAACGACAAAGAAGAUACUCCCCAAGAAAUAGCAAGAAAAAUUGCAAAUUUAAUAGAAGAAAUCAAGAAUAAAAUUAAAGCCAACUUUCAUCUAAUGCCAAGUGAAAUUUAUAGAACAUUAGAAUGUAAUUAUCCUGAAAUUACACAAAAACAAAUACAUAUAUGGUGGACCAUAUUUAUUCAAGAACAAUUUAUUCGAGAUAGUGAUCAAAUAAAAUCAUCAAAAAUUCUUUUAGAAGAACACAAUUACCAAAUUGUUAUGUUUAAUGAUAAUAAAAUUAGAUUUUUAGAACAUGAGCUUUACGCAAUAAUUAGUCAAUAUGAUGAGGUAGGCUUUGCAUUAGCAUACUUAUUCGUUGAAGGAG